GUGAAGAUAUCCCGGGAGUCAACAGGUGCGACGUAUUCCGAGUGACGAUCGACUUAUUGUCGGGAAUUAGCCAAAACUGGGCUCCCCCAUUCGCGAGAUUAGGAGCCAAUCAUGGUCCCUUAGAACAAAUUUUAUUAAAAAAUUAUCCAUAAAAAUCAAAAGUUUCACCCGAAGUCGUUCCGUUUGUUGCGGUUUGGUGAACGUCGAAAAAGAGCGGAAAAGGGAAAGAAUCUUUUUGAAAAAGGCUCUUUUCUCUACAACAAUGGCAACCAAAUUUGAGGUACUCUACUUGACCAUCUUCCUGACAAGCAUCAUUGGCUAUCAAUGUUCCGAACUCCCGAAACCCGCUUACACCAGAACCAUGCUAAAGGUAUCAAGAAGUCUUCCAGGCGAGACUGAAGAACUUAAAGUACGGACCAGUGAAGGUAACUUGGCGACCUUGAUUGUCAAGAGGCGAGAGAAGUCACCAGUUUUUGAUGACCUUAAAAACUUGCAAUCAUCGCAAAAUUCUCAAGACAGUAUCGGAAGUCAUGAAGCGAAAGAAAACACAUCAGAUUCCGCGACUAGUAUAAAUCUUAAGAAUCAAGAGACUCGAAAUUGGAGUAGUAACAGUCAAGCUGAUGCCAGGCCACUCGAAAUAGCUCAAAUUCAGAGAAUACGUUCUCAGCUGGGCUACGAAGGUGGGGCAGAACUCAGAAGCUUCAACUUUACUGAUCAAAAAAUUACUGAAGAUCGCAACCAGAAUAAUAAUAGAGCUAUUGAUUAUGGAAAUUGGACACCUAUAGGUGAAAGUAUUAGGGCAUUGAAGGUCCAAGAUUCCAGCAUUAAAGAAAAUCCUAAUUGGAAACCAGUUCCAUCAGGUACAAAAGUUACGAAAGAUGGUUUGGUGUUUGCUAGAAAUUCUGAAAAUAGAGAUGAAAAAAAAUUGGAUACAACUGAAGAAGGCUCCGGAAAGCUGUUUGGUACUCAACCUGCCAAUUAUGCCUUUUUGCCACAUGAGCCACGUCCUUUGACGAGGACCAAUAUUGGUGCUAAUACAAUGAAGAAUCGCGAAUCAAAGAAUGUACCACCGGAAGUUACGGUGCGAUCAGUGCUGAAUGUUAAGUCAAUACCAAAACGAUCACCCAUGACCUUGGAUGCUGAUGGUACGCCUGUGAUUCAUGGCACAAGAGUACCGGAUGAUCCAAUUGAUAAAAUUCAAACUUGGCGCAAUGCUAGAGUUAUCAAUAAUAAGUUGAUCCCUGAAGAUGCCCUUUCAAUCACUGUGGAACCGUCCACAAUUUACUACUCUUCUGAUAAUCUUGUCGAAAGACAAAGGUUCGAACGGUUCUUCAAAGAUGUUAAUCGCAGGUAUGGAAGAAAUUUCGACGAUGAAGUCAGAAACGUAUACUACGAGUGGGAACCUAAAAGCUACCAAAACGAAGGAUUUCGCUCCGCUGUAUAUGAUACCAAAAACGAAAAUUCCAGAUCAAACAUCCAAAAAAGAAUGCUACAUCCCGAAAGUAUUACAACCUUUCCAAAUUCACCAGUCUACACUCCGGAAAGUCAAAAAAUUGCACCCUUAGCCUUGAAGCCAGGUGCUCGGGCUCCAGUUUUGCAAUACGCGCAUCCUGAAUUAGGAGUACAGCCCGCCAAAAUUUUGAAAAAUGAAAAGCGACGUCCAGAUAAUUUCCCAGAAAAUCAGCAUUCUUUCACAGAACAACGACAAAAAAAGAAGUACGUCCUGAAUGAUAAAAAUAUUGUCGAUUCCUACACUCAUAAGAAUUACUACCCGAAUCAGCACUUUUAUGGAUUAAAGAAACCAGAUGCACCAUUCUGGAUGAAAAUUUCUGAAAAUUUGAAAAAUCAAUUUUCCACUGGAGUGGAAAAGGUCUCUCAGCUGACACGGCCAGUUUUUGAUCCAUUGGUGGAAGCAACUCAUAAGAUUUCCCAAAAUUUGGGGUUAUCAAAAGGACAGGAAGCUCAAGAGAAAAUAGGAACUGUUGCAUCCGGUUCUUCAAUUUUGAUUCCUGCUCUUGGCUUAGUCGCUUCAGGUGCUGCACUUGGAAUUGGUGCUGUUGCUGUUGGUAGAUAUUUAGACGUUGACGUUCUAAAAAGAUCGAAUGAUGAAGGUGUCGAGGCAGAAGAGACUAGAGCUCUAGAUUCUAUCCACGAUGUUCCUGAAUAUAUUCAAAUUCAUCCAGUUGAUGAUAAAUUAGAUUUUCAUCAAAACGAGGCUCAAACAAAUCAAAAAAAUAAAGCACAGAGUAGUUCCAGCAAGAGCAAUUUCUUCUUGCUUCUACAAGGAACAGAACCUAAAGUUACUUCCCAAAAUCAAGAAUCAGUUGCUCUUGCAGAGUCGCAAAUUUCAAAUCAAAGGAGGAAAAGAAGUUCUAAUUUGGAUGUCUUCGCAGCUGAAUCUGAUGAUUUUAAUUUUAUAAGAAGGAAAAGAUUCCAGCGGAAAGGUGCCGACCUUAUAACCGAAAUUGUAGAAAUAGAUGUUCCUGCUGGAGGAAACAUUGACGUCACUGAACUUUUGAUGCCGAAGAGUUCAGAGGAAAGAAAAAGUGAAGAUAAUUCUGUUUUUCUGGUGGAGAAUGAGUCAAUACCAUUUGGAUUAGCAAAGGGAGAAAUUGGAGAAGAAGUUGGAAAUAGGGAAGCGUUAGAAAAGAUGGUGAAAGUUGUUGAUGAAAUAGUCAAAAAGUCUCAUGAAGAAGGAGAAAAAAUAAUUAAAGAAGAUGUUAGGUCUAGUAGAAGAAGAAGAAGCAUGGAGAGUGAUCAGGAAUUGGAGGAUGUUUUCCAAAAUUUGGAAAAUGCUGAAGUUGCUGAAAUUAGUCAUACCCCUGGCGAUUGGACGAAUACUCCAUGUGCCAAGAGGUUGUUCUGCGAUGCCAUGAUUCAAAGGGGUCCAGAUGCUUCUAUGUUCAUGGAAAAGAAAAUGUCCUCACUUUUAGGCCUAAUACAGCCUGGAGCAGCCAUGCAAGUGUCUGGUCACUUCGAAGAGGUCAUGGAGGCUGUGAGGAGGCACGAAUGUUCGAGAUUUGUUUGCCCGCAGGCCAGGCCAGGAAAUGUCUUCUUCUGAUUUUUUCGACUGCGACAAUAUCUUCGACACCUUUCUAAGUCCUCGUUGUCGUUCAUAUUGAAUUUGAAACCAACGUCUCCAGUUAGACAAAAGGCGAUGAAUUUGUAAUUAUUGUCGAAUUAAUUCAAAUUGUAAAAGCUGUAUUUGCAAAAAAAUAUCAAUUAGCCUCCUAAAAUGAUUGGACCAUAUCAUAAACUUAUUACAUUUUUCAAAUAUUCUUUUUACAAGAAUUUAAAUCAAAAUAUUUCUUCUAAGAAAUGAACUUAAAAUUAUUUGGACUCAAUUAAAAAAACUUUUAUAAUAUUAAUAAGCAAACCCUGCAGAUUGGAACGAAUCAUAAGUUUAGUGUAUCUAUUAACGAAGUGUAAUUUAAGAUCAAAAAGGAAUAUAUUUUUUCAUGAAUAAUUUUAUGCAAAAUGAGCACAACAAAGAUUGACAAUUAAGAGCCAUACUUCCAAACUAUCUUACUUUUUAGCCCAUCAGAGACAACAUGUUGGUUCACUAGUGGCAUAAAAACCCUCUUUGUUUAAUUUUUGUUUGUCUCGAAUGAGCCAAAAACUGAGAUAGUUUAAAAGUCUGUUUUUUAAUUGUGAAUCUUCCUCAUUCUCAUUUUGCAGAAAACAAUUGUUUUUUAAAUAGGUUUCUUUUAGGUCAUAAAUAAGAUAAAUAUUCAGUUACGAGAUAAUAACUAAAUAAAAUGGUUCAACCAUAUUUCUAAAAAUUGCAAUUCGUACAUUAUAGACAAUAAUUACAAUAUUUGAAUCCUUUAUAUGAAAAUUACCUGCUAAUGCGUAAUAUUAUAUGAGCCAAAAUCGUAUUACGCCAAAACUGUAAAUACUAAAGCGAUUUUCGUAAACUACUAAUGUAUAAGUAUAUUUAAGGCGCGCGAAAACUUCUGAGCAAUAUUAUAAUUAGGCACGGUUAGAAGAUUGCUAGAAAAUUGUCCACGAAAAAAAUAUUAACACUCAGUGAUUUUUUCUUAUCCAAAAAACUUACAUUUAAUGUUGAUUGCUAAAUUAACUUUUAAUUAAUGAAUGUACAUUAUAAACGUCAAAUACUCGAUUUCGCGUGAAUUUUUUAGUCAACCAUGAUUAUGAAAAACAUUUUCUGGACAAUGGAACCUAGUUCUUCGAAGGCUGGCUAAUUUUACAAUAUGAUUAUUUUUAAGUAAUUAUUAUACUGAUUACGACGUAGCUUUACUUGGCAGAAAAGAAUAGCUGAUCGGUGUUUGCACCUUAAAAAUGCUAUUUAUUUUUUCAUCGUAUGAAUGCUUGUGAACACAAAUGAAAACUGAUCAAAAUCAGAUGUAUAAAAAGUUAUUGUUAAAAAUUACCUGUAAGUUGAGAUAAAUAAUUAUAUGUACUAUUUUAUACUAUGAUUUUUUUUACCUGGAGAAAGCGAAUGAAAAGGGAUUAACGAAAACUUAAAUGAUAAUGUAGACAGAUUAACUGCAACUUAUCAUUAUCUUUUCAAGGAAAAGUACAAACAAUUUCAGUUAAAUUUUAAGUAUUGGGUUGGAUGAUAGGAUUCCAACAAAAUUUGAUUUAAUUGAGUUAAUCAGAGAAAAAUUAGAAAUGCAGGAGGGGUAAAAGAAAAUAUUUGGGCAUUUGAGGGCUCUAUUGACAAAACUAAAUGAGAAACAAAUUUUCAAAGUUUGAAGAAACAAAUAUGUAAAUUUACCAAUUUUUUAAAUACUGUCUGAGGGCUCUUUACUACUUUAUUUGUUUAUAAUACGCUGCGCAAUCUAUAAAUAAAACUGAUCAGCAAUUUUAUUAAUUCUAUUCCAAAUAAUUAGUUUUCGAUAUUUUGAAUUUAUGUAUCUUUGAUUAAGCUACAACUUUUUAUUUUUAAGUUGUAAAACACAUUUCUAUCAAUAAAAUUACCAUAUGCAUUUAUUAGUGAACCCUUAGCAUUACACGUCUGGUGGAAAUGAUCUACAAGUCUCUUUUUUUAAUUGUUACUGAAGUACCAUAAUUUUUAUAAUAUUAAAAAGAAAUUUUUCUCCAUAACAGCACGAAAAUUAAUAAAAUGCUGCGCCUGGUAAACCCAGUUUAAAAGAAAAAUGUCGAUUUUAUAAAAUAUAUUGCAAAAAACAUGCAAUCAGGAUCUUCUUAAGAAAUUACCAUAAAUAUGAUAAUAAGUAAAUUUUUUUGAUUCUGGGGUUUAUUUUAAUGCUACGUUUUAAAAUAUUAGCAACAUUUUAAAUAAUGAUUGUACUCGCAAAAUGCUUGAAAAUAUUCCAAACAAUAUUAUUUUUAUUGAUAUUAAUAAACAUCAUUAAAUAGAGAAUUUAUUUUUAAAAUUUCUAAGCAUUUACAAAUUUAGAAAAUUUCACGACUUUUUUGCACCAUGUUUGAUCCUAGGGCAGCAUAUAAAGAAAAAAUAUGAAAGACACUAUGUGCAGACUUACCUUUAAAACGAGACCAAGAACAUAAAAGAAAAUGUUAGUUAUUUCCAGAGGUGUUCCAAUUUUUUUUGAAGAUCAAAAUUUCACAUUUUUUUGGUAAUGUAUUUUCAUAAAAAUGACAUUUUGCGUUUAACUUAGGUUCAUUAGACUCAAGAUUUUACUACCUUUCACAGUAUAUUACGUGGAAAAAACUUUGAUGUCAAUUUAUAAAAAUUAACGCACAUCAGCAGCAACUCAAAAAACAGUCGUGUAGAUCAUUUCCGCGAGUAGUUUAUAAAAGAAUCAGUGUUUUCGUAAAACUUAAUGAUUUCCAUUUUUCUCUUUCGUAGA